AUGUCUGCCAACCUGGACAAGUCUCUCGACGACCUCGUCGGCAGCCGCCGUCAGGCUCGCCGCCGCAGCAACAACCGUCGCGCCCCCGCCAAGCCCUCCGUUGGAGGCGUGAAGAAGUCUAAGCCUACCAAGGCUGCCCCCAAGGCUGCUCACCCAGCCCCGAAGGCUGCCGCGACUGCUUCCAGCAAGAUCAUCGUGAGCGGACUGCCUGCCGAUGUGUCUGAGGCCAAUAUCAAGGAAUACUUCGUCAAGUCUGCAGGCCCCGUCAAGAAGGUGAUGCUCACCUACAACCAGAACGGCACGAGCCGUGGUAUCGCCUCAAUCAUCUUCGCCAAGGCCGACACGGCUGCCAAGGCCGCCAAGGAGCUUAAUGGGCUCUUGGUUGAUGGCCGUCCCAUGAAGAUCGAGGUCGUUUACGAUGCCUCCCACGCCCCUUCCAUUCCCACGCCCAAGCCUCUUACCGAGCGUAUUGCUCAGAAGUCUCAACCGAAGCCCGCCACUGCUGCUAAGGCCGCUAAGGGCAAGGGUAAGAUUAACGCCAACGCCAACGCCAACGACAAGAAUGCCGCUGGUCGCAACGCCAACGGCCGCCCCCGUAAGGGCCGCAACCCCGGCCGUGGCAAGCCCAAGUCUGUUGAGGAGCUCGAUGCUGAGAUGAUCGACUACUUCUCCAACGAGAACGCCCCCGCCCAAGCCCAGGCCCAAGCCCAGGCCCCUGCCCCUGUCAACAGCGCUGUUCCUCAGGCCGCUAACAGUGGCGAGGACCUCGGAAUGGCCGAAAUUUCUUGA